AUGACCGAUAAUGGUGCAUUGACUAAACGUAUUGUUAAAGAAAGUGCUCGUUUACUACAAGAACCAGUACCAGGUAUCAGUGCAAUAGUUGAUGAACAGAAUCCACGAUAUUUUAAAGUAAUCAUUGAUGGACCAGGCGAGAGUCCUUAUGAAGGUGGUAGAUUUAAGGUAGAAUUAUUUCUUCCUGAUGAAUAUCCAAUGGCACCACCUAAAGUUCGUUUUAUGACAAAACUUUAUCAUCCAAAUAUUGAUAAAUUAGGCCGUAUAUGUCUUGAUAUUCUUAAAGAGAAAUGGAGUCCUGCUCUUCAAAUACGUACUGUUCUCCUAUCAAUUCAAGCUUUAUUAAGUGCACCAAAUCCCGAUGAUUUUUUAGAUGCUGAUGUUGCUGAAAAAUGGAAAGCCGAUGAAAAAGGCGCUCAAGCUAUAGCUCGUGAAUGGACUCAACAAUAUGCUCAUGAUGUGUAG